AAAAAAAAAUGGUUGUGUUUCGGAAAACAGGCAUUUUGACUUGCGGGUUCUUGAAGCGAGUUAUUGCCCAAGGUGAAUCCUUUCCCUUACCAAGUCUUUGAUAAAAUAUUUAUUUUCCGAUUUGCUUUACAUACCUAGGUACAAUUUUGCUGAACCAGUGGUACGAAAAAUGGGUAGUUCAUUUUCGAGAUCCUAUUCUCCCAAUAGUGGUCAAAAUAAACUAAACGUAAAUGAUGGAGCUAAAGCUGGAACUAUAUCCCGAAUGGAUUCCAACAUACAAUAUGUUGAGGCUGUAGUCUGCAAUGAGGGAGAUCUGAAAGACAAUGAAAUGAAGGUGUUUGACAUUGGAGACGAUGGAAAGGUCCUACUUGUGAAACAGAAAGGAGAAAUCAGUGCUCUAGGGACGAAAUGCACUCAUUACGGAGCACCAUUAGUGUCUGGAGCAUUGGGAGAUGGAAGGAUCCGCUGUCAGUGGCACGGAGCUUGUUUCAAUAUCAAAACUGGAGACAUUGAAGACUUUCCUGGAUUUGAUUCACUACCAUGCUACCAAGUCACAGUAUCUGAAAAGGGACAAGUCAAGGUUCGAGCUAAGGUUAGCGACUUGCAGUCAAACAAACGUAUAAAGGACAUGGGGUUGAUAUCACCGUGUGACGGUAGCACCGUGGUCAUCGUGGGCGGAGGGCCCUCGGGCGCCACCUGCGCAGAGACCCUCCGCAGCGAGGGCUUCGAGGGCCGCAUCACCAUGAUCGCUAAGGAACCCUACCUGCCCUACGACAGAAUCAAAGUCUCCAAAAUAGGCGCAGUCCCCGACAUAAAAACCCUACAAGCCAGAAACACCGAAUAUUACCAAAACGCUAACAUUGAAAUUUUAACGGGCAAAGAAGCGACUAAAGUGGACCCGGAGCACCGGUUCGUGCACCUGAACGACGGCACCCGGGUCAAGUACAGCGCGCUCUACCUCGCCACGGGCAGCCGGCCGCGCGUGCCCGGCGUGCCCGGCAUACACCUGAACAACAUCUUCACCGUCAGAAAUUACGAAGAUGCCGUCAACAUCUUGACGACAUUGGGCGACAGCAACGACAAGGACGUGGUCGUUCUCGGUUUGAGCUUCAUCGGAUUGGAAUCGGCCGCUUCCUGCUCCAGCAAAGCCAAGUCUGUGACGGUAGUCGGAAAAGACACGGCCCCACUGGGACAAAUAUUUGGAAUGGACAUCGGUAAAAGCUUGCAAAAUCUGUUCGAAGAGAAGGGCGUUAGUUUCGUAUUCGAUGCGACUAUCACGAAAUGCAAUGGUGAGGAUGGAGCAGUAAAGUCUGUGGAGCUGAGCAACGGAAACACACUGCCUGCCGAUAUGCUGAUUCUGGGCGUGGGAACCACGUUCUACACCGAUUUUCUUAGAGAUAGUGGUAUCGAAAUGCAACCGAACGGUGCGGUCAGCGUCAACGAUAAGCUGGAAACUAAUAUUAAAAACGUGUACGCCGGCGGCGAUAUAGCUCACGCGCCGGUUUUUGCCCACGAGAAUAAACACAUGAGCAUAGGUCAUGUAGGGUUAGCGCAGUACCACGGCCGAGUGGCAGCCCUGAACAUCGUGAGGAAAGAGAAGCGACUGCGUACCGUCCCGUACUUCUGGACAAUGCUUUUCGGGAAAUCGAUUCGUUAUGCGGGCCACGGGAAAUCUUCCAACAUCCUUGUGGACGGUGAUAUAGAUGCUUUGAAAUUUGUAGUAUUCUUCUUUGACCAGUCUGAGAAAGUCAUUGCUGUGGCCUCUUGCAUGAGGGAUCCGGUGGUGUCCCAGUUCGCCGAAUUGUUGUAUCAGGGUAAAUCUCUUUAUAAGAAAGAUUUGAAAGAAGAUAGGUUUGGCUGGACCCAAACCAUUCAUUAAUUCUAGGAUAAAAAUGAUCGUCGUACGUUAGUUUGGGUGUUUGCUUGUACAUCACAUAUGAGACAUGUACGAUUUUUAUAGAGCUUAUCUCACGUCAUUCCUAACUGUAUGUAUGCGUUUCUAUGUAUUUAUUCACGAGCGAGACUUUGUGAUACUGUGGCAAUAACCUUACAAUGUACAAUGGCACAAAAGUAGUUAGCUUCACUUAAUAUGAUAUUAACAUUAAAUUUAUUUUAUAUUGUAGAAUGUAAGAGCUUAUUUUUAUUUCAAAAAAUGUUUGUAGAUAUUGUUAAAUUUUGUCUAUUACUGAAGACUAAAAUAAAUUAUUUUCUCGAAUUAGUUAUAUAUAAUACAUUAUAUCAAACAAUAAGUAGUAAAUAAUAAGCUCAAUAUUGUUUGUGAAUUGUAAUACAGUCUACAGCGCUAUCAUUUAUGCUAGUUCCUAACUCCGGAAUCAUUUCAUACAGACUACUCAUAUUCAUAAGAAAAGGACAAAUCACACAGAUAAAGUUAGCCCCAAGUAUGUUACGAGUCUUGUUUUGUGGGAUACUAACUCAAUAAUACUAUAUUUUAUAACAUAUACGUAACACAGAUAACAUCUGAGAAGUCUGAAAAAAAUUAAAUUUUCCAUAUUGACCUGUCCGGGGAUCUCCUCAGCAGACCAGCAUUAUUAUGUCUGGUGUUAAUAGGUGUUAUAAGUACAUAUGAUUGUUUUUUUCAUGUUAACAAACUAAACUCGAAGUAUAUUUUUCUGUGAUGUUCAUAGAAUAUUCAAAACAGUAUAUUGAAUGAACAGUGGUUUUAGUGACUGCAAUUGUAUGUCAUACUCAGUAAAACUGCAACAUAAUAAGUUUCUUCUGAAUAUUACUCUAUUCUUUAUAUUUCAGAAAUAACAGUGCAUAAAUAAAGUCUGUUCUUAUUAUACGUAACUUCAGUGUACAACCAACAAACUUUAGUUAUGAAAAACAAUCAGCCUAAAAUUUUUGUAUUGGCAUAAUACUACAUGUAAUCUCAACUGGGUAGAAUACUCUUAUAUCGAUAUUAUUUGGGCUAUGUGAAUCUUUAUAUCUUUCCAAUAUAUUUUUAAAUUGUACUUAUUCUAAAAUAAUUGUGUUUAAAGUUGAAAUUGUCUAAUGUAUAUAUUUAUUUAUUUUACAAAUUUGUUACAAGAUGUUUAGUAACAAGUAAAUAUACAUUAUUUAAAUGAAUGUGUAUGUGAUAUUUAUGAGUAUAGAAAACAUGGAGAAAUAUGUAUGAGUAAUUUAUUUAUGGAGCUAAAAGUUACAUGUUGUUGCCUUUUAAAUAUUUAUAUAAACAUUUGAAUGUGAUAAUUUUUAUAAUGUUGUUUUGCUGAAUAAAGAAAUGUGAAUUAUUAA